AUAUUCGAACAACACAUGGAAAAUUAAUAGCCCGUUUGCUGGCAGUUCUUCUUGGUUGUAGGUCUACUUAAUAAUUACUUGACAAAAGUGUACGAAAAACGAGUAUUCGUCAUAUCAAAUAACAAAAUACGAACAAAUUUAAUAUCCAAGUACUACAUACAAUUUAUAAGUCUUAAAAAAACUAUUCGAAAUGGCUUCAGCGUCAGUGUCUAAAGGAACAUUUCAACCGGAUUCUGAUGUACAUAUUACAUUUGAAGAUCAACAAAAAAUCAAUAAGUUUGCAAGGCUUAACGCACGUGUUGACGAAUACAGGGAUGAAUUAAAAUCGAAACAAACAACAUUAAAGAACCUAGAAGAUGCCACUGAAGAGUUGAUGUUAUUAGAUGAAGACGAUUGUCCAAAUCUUCCAUACCUUUCUGGAGAAACUUUUGUAUAUUAUAAUCUUGAAACAGCACAGAACAAUUUGGAAGAAUUGAAAAAAACUGUUGGAAAAGAGAUGAAGGAUAUUGAGACGAAAAUCAAAGAUAUAUCAUCUACAAUGAGUGAUCUAAAAUCACAUUUAUAUGGAAAAUUUGGUAACAAUAUAAACUUAGAAGCUGAAGAUUAAAAAAAAUAUAUGUAUAUUUCUUUAAUAAAAUGUUAUAAAAUUUCAUAUUAAACUAAUAAUGUAAUCACAUAAGUAUAUUUAUAUAAAAAAACUUAUAACCCAGCUUUCAAUAAUUAAUAAAAAAAUAUAUAAACUAAAUUUAGAUAAAACUUAUAUCAUAACUUCAUUUAUACAUUUUAUACCUAUUAAAAAAAAAAUAAUAGUAUUAACACAAUAACAAUAAUAAACAAUUUAAAUACAACUA